AAAGAAAAACAAUCACUAGGGAAGAAAGAAAAUAAAAUUAAAAAAAAAAUAGAAAGGGAAAAGAAAGUUGACAGAGCAGAAAUUUCCAAUCUUCCUGACCGUGGUCUCUUUUGUCAGCAAAAGGUGCAUCAGGAUUUGUAGUCACUGAUCAGCGAUCUUUCUCUAAUCAAGCAAGUUAAUUUUGCCAUCUCUGCUAGCUCUGUCAUCUUCACCAGCCUUUUCUCCGUUUCAUUCAUUUUUGUGCAUAUCACACGAGCCUUGCAACAGGCAACGUGGCACUUCAAGUAACCGUUAACAAGAACUUGGUGGCUGCCUGAGCAGUUUGAGUGUGGAAACCCAUCAACUAUUUUGAUAGAUAGUGGGCUGCUGUUUGAAAGGGGAACAAUGAGACAGACGAUGGUAGGACUAUCUUCGCUGGCCUCUGAAACAAUAAGUGUUCAGUCUUGACUCAAAGGGAAAUGAUGGUCAGAGGUUAAUCAUUGACUGACCCCUGAACUACCAUCCAGUUUCAGCCCUCUCCUCCCAGCAAAACCCUUCCCAAGAAGCUGUGAAGGGCCCCGAUUCGUCAACCAGAUCUUUGCCUACAUCCCCACCAGAUCAACCCAGUGAAUCCAUGUGAGGUCCCCACUGUCCUUUCAGGUAGUUUUUAUAGAAUAGAAUAGAAUAGAAUAGAAUAGAAUAGAAUAGAAUAGAAUAGAAUUUUUUAUUGGCCAAGUGUGAUUGGACACACAAGGAAUUUGUCUUGGUGCAUAUGCUCUCAGUGUACAUAAAAGAAAAGAUACCUUCAUCAUCUUAUCCCUGACUCCCACCCAGCCCCUCUGGCUGGAGGCCUUUGGGGCAUUGUGAAGAAAGAGGAUGUGGGCAAAGGGAAAAUACAGCUGUCCUCCUUUCCUCGUCCCCAGGAUUUUUGAGAGCACUAGAGACUCUUCCAGCCCUUCAGCCAAGCUGGACCGAGCAUCCUUAUCAACUUUAUCAGUAAUUCUGGAGGAGGGAAGGAGCAAAUGUUUGUCUUCGUACAGGGCUCUUUCUUGUAGUUGCAUAAAUGUGCUUCUUCCAGUCCUUGAGUCAGCGGACAAAUAUGCUGGCACAACUGGUUCUGCCCAAGAGGCACCACGUGGAUGCAAGAAAUCUUGACCUUGAUCUACAGCAAUGGCAACCUUGAGCCCAUAAAGACUCUUCCCAACUGGGCCCGAGCUCCCUGGUUGGAGCACAGCUAUUUCCAAGAGCAACUUCAGCACAUCGGGUAUCCUCGCCUCCUCACCACCCACCUGCCCCAGCCAGUGCUGGCGCCUGCCCUGAAGAAAGCUAAGCCCAAGGUGAUCUAUGUGAUCAGGAACCCAAAAGAUGUUGCUGUGUCCUACUACCAUUUCCAGAGAAUGGCCAAGUUCUUCCCUGACCCAGCCUCCUUUGAAAGCUUCCUUCAUGAUUUCAUGGCUGGCACCGUGCACUACGGAUCCUGGUUUGAGCACGUGAAAGGUUGGCUCAGCUGCCGAGAAGAGCUGGGCCUGUUUUGCGUCACCUAUGAGGAGCUCCAUCAAGACCUGAAACACUGUGUGGAGCGGCUGAGCGCCUUCCUGGACCACCCGCUUCAGCCAGACCAGGCUGAGUGCAUCCUGGAGCACUGCAGCUUUGCUGUCAUGAAGGAGAACAUCAUGGUGAAUUGCAAACUUGUCCCUCCUGAGAUUAUGGAUUUUCAGAAAAGCCAGUUCAUGAGGAAAGGUAUUGUUGGUGACUGGAGGAACCACUUCUCCCCCAAACAGAGCGCCCUGUUCAAUGAGAAAUACCAGCAGGAAAUGAGGGGCCACCCCUGGCCCCUCCAGUGGGACAUGGACUGAGAGCAGCUGCUCCAAGACCUCGGCUGACCUUUGCAAGUGGCCGUCCAGAACCAGCUUGCCUCAGGAUGGCAGCUCCAGCAUCGGAGUUUCUCCCACUGGGAAGAGGAACUGGGAAGUAGCUCAGCAAGGGGUCACCCCAGUCUGGGGUUGCGAGAGAGAAUUCUUACACAGUCAUAAAACGCAGCCUGAAAGCAAAUUGGAUGACUAUAAAACAGAUGAAGACAAGCCAGUCCCUCAAACUAGGGAACCAAAUAGUUUCUUUAAGAAGGGUGGAAGGAAGGUGAUGUGCAAGACGGUUUCUAUGUUUAGAAUUAAGGGCUUGCUUGAGUCACACCAGUUGCUGGAAACCUUCUUGCUUCCUUCAAUAAACCUGACUUGUUUGCAGCGUCCCUAGUGGUUCCCCUCCUGCUUGUGCAGAGGAGCCGUAGAGGAGCCCAA